CCCACGCAGUCAUCAGCACCUAACCCUUGGCCUUGCUCUCGGGCAACGCCGAUUUACCAUGUGCCGGUCUCACUGCUGCCUCUCAGCUGUCUGGGAUGGUUUCCCACUUUUUGUUGUUUAUGAGUGACCCCUGGCCCUCAAAUGAAGGACAUUAUGAAAGGGAUUUCACAGCCAAAUGUCUUGGCUCAGACCCCACCUUCAUUACUCAGUGCUUGUCUCGGAAGGAGGGGAGGACCGAGACGGGGAAGGAGAGAUUAUGAGGGAAUAGGACUGCAGGGAUCAGCGCUACCUCUCGGCCGAGAAUGCGAUAGUUUCCCGAGCAAAAUGGGGGGAUUUUAAGAGAAAAUACGCAUUGCAGUUUCGGUCCCCUGCUUCUCCAUCCCAGAGGCUGUACUUGGAGUGGAAAUGACAAACCAGACUGGGGAGGUGCGACUGCCAGGAAGGACUGAGGAGCCAGUCAAGAGUCCAAAGAAAGGGAAGGAUGAGGAUUUGGUUCCGCUGGAGUGAAGCUGGCCGGCGAGCCGAGAUGGGCCACAGUAAGGUUCUGGAAAUCUCCUUCGACAGCUGUCUAGUAACAUAACCGUGCAGUUGAGAGCUCCAUCGUGAACGUCGAUGCCAUAUGUGCGGCGGCGGCAGCCUCACGCUGCACCGCCAAAAGUAGGUCGACCCAUGGAGGCGUGGCCCAAACUCUUCAAAUGCUGCUGCCCGUAGUGAUGCCGCCCGAGUUACCAGCAAUGCCUUCUAAGGUGUCCUGCUUAUACCUGCUGACCGUGGUUUGCUGGGCCAGUGCUCUGUGGUACCUGAGUGUGUCCCGCCCCUCCACCUCCUUCGUGGGUCAGAUGAAUAUUCCAGUCAGGAAGACGCCAAAGCUGAGCAAGAAUGCGACUUUCAGUAAUAUUCGGACGAGAUCCCUCAACCCCCAUGAUUUCGACUACCUCAUCAACGAAGCAAAGAAGUGUGAGCCGGAGCCCCCCUUCCUCGUCAUCCUGAUCAGCACCACCCACAAAGAGUUUGAUGCCCGGCAGGCCAUCAGAGAGACGUGGGGGGAUGAAGGCACGUUUCCCGACGUGCGCGUGGUGACGCUCUUCCUGCUGGGUCGCAGCGUGGACGCCGUCCUCAACCAGAUGGUGGAGCAAGAGAGUCAGAUCUUUCACGACAUCGUUGUUGAGGACUUCAUUGACUCCUACCACAACCUGACCCUGAAGACAAUGAUGGGCAUGCGCUGGGUGGCUACUUUUUGCUCCAAGGCCCAGUACGUUCUUAAAACGGACAGUGACAUCUUUGUCAACAUGGAGAACCUGAUUUACACGCUUCUUAAACCUACCACCAAGCCCAGGAGGAGGUAUUUCACUGGCUAUGUCAUCAAUGGGGGGCCCAUCAGGGACAUGCGUAGCAAGUGGUACAUGCCCCGAGAUCUCUACCCAGAGAGCAAGUACCCGCCAUUCUGCUCUGGCACCGGCUACAUCUUUUCAGCAGACGUGGCUGAGCUCAUUUUCAAAACCUCGCUGCACACCAGGCUGCUGCACCUGGAGGACGUCUAUGUGGGCGUCUGCCUGCGGAAGCUGGGCAUCCAUCCUUUCCAGAACAGCGGCUUUAACCACUGGAAGAUGGCCUACAGCCUUUGUCGCUACCGCCGCAUCGUCACCGUCCACCAGAUAUCCCCUGAGGAGAUGCACCGUAUCUGGAAUGACAUGACCAGCAAGAAGCACCUGAAAUGUUAGCAGGACUGCCUCUUCACACUGGGGGAAUUGAACCAUUCCAUCGUGAUGCAUCUGUAGAAAGUGCUGGCAAACACUGUACGGAACAUUCCUGCCAGCUGAGAGACCCCUGCAGAAGCAUCCGGAACUUUUGUCUACACGCCAGCCGCUUGGCCAGUACUCUCCUGAGUACCCCGCCAAAACUAAGUAGUCUGUUUUUCCCUCCACCUCCGUCACCUCUGAGGUGUUUGAAGUGCAGAAACUCACUUCCGAGAACAGUGUUACAUUUGGAAUAUUUAAUUUUUUUUCUUUUGCCGUCAGUGGGAAGAUUUGCUGUUUAAAAGAGAUGAAAAACUCCUUGUCAGAAAGAUGAUUAAACCCUUUGCCAAUGCGGACACCUACUCACCCACCUUGUUUUUGACAAGACACCUUGUCGUACUUAUUUAGUAUUUUUCUGACAUUGACAAUAUUGUGCUCAAAGUAGCCUCCAGGUUUCAGAAGUGCUUACUGCAUAUCCAAAAUCCUAUUCUGCUGCUCAGAAUUCUCUUAAAGUCGAUCUGAAACACUUGUGUUGUGGAGGAUUAUUUCAAAACUUAAUUGUGCGACACGGAACUUCUGAAUGUUUUACACGUCAUUUUGCUCGUUGUAUUUCUGAAAGAGGUGUAGACGCCGGAUGUACUGCGACUGCUUUCAUCAUAGUGACAAAUGUGACCUCAUCUAGGAACCUCUGGUGUUGCGCCGACAGCUGAACGGUGGUGGAUUUGUGCUGGUGGAUGUCGACACUGAUUUGCUUCUGUAAUUUGCAGAAAUGUUAUUUCUUUAUUGAGAUGUAUUUUCUUACAGCACAUUCACAGUCUUUGUCAUCCAAGAGAAAAAGUAAUGCGCUAUUCCCAGGUGAAAUUUAGCUUAGCUCAUCGUGUUACGUGAAGUUAUUUGUCUUUGACGGGUUGUUCCAUUCAUCGACUUAAACAUGCAAGUGAGCAGAGCCGAGGAUCAUGAGCUUAGUCAAGUGAAAGAGAAUGGACACUGGGAACUUUAGUAUUUAUCCCAGACAACGCCGCCAUGGAGUCGCUCUGUUGAACAACGACAGCUUGGAAACUGGCUCGGUGAAAUGCUGUAAACUCUAGUUGAAACUGGAACUGCAGAAAAUAAUAGCAUCUCAUUAAAUGACUUGUUAGUCGUAGCAGCUGUGGUCUGUUUGAGGCCGGUCCCAGUUCUCAGCACAGCUCACAGUCAAAAGUUUGAGGAAAAGACGCUGCAGUCAGAUUUAUGCUGUCGCAGUUGUCAGCGCGUGUCCAUGACUCGGAAGAAGCCGUCUGCGCAAUUGGCGACUCGCUGUUUCAACCACUUUGUCUUAAAAUACAAGGAUUUCUGAGAAAAAUAGUAUUUAUGUCAAAAUAAAGAUCAAAGUUUGCUUUCAAACGUCUUCUUAUUCUUCAACCCUUUGGAUUUGAUUAUGAAUGUGUGUUGCUUUCCAUGCGUUUUAACUAAAAAUUAACAUUAUAGUACCAAAUGUCAUAUUUUAUAAAAACCUAGUCUGAAUGGAAAUGUGCCCUCUGGAGCUCAGAUAGAGAUGGAAAGGACAAACACCCUGUCACAGGACAGUUUUGUUGCCGUAUUGUUUGAGCGUGAAUGCUGCACAGUGUCAGGCUGAGACAAGCGGCGGUGCUGAGCUCCGCCCCUGGCAGAGCCUGCGGUGUACAAGACCAACACCAUUUCACACACACAAAAUUGAUAGACUCCAUCAUUUUCCCUUGUCAAAUGCAGCAUUCAUUCAUCGCAAUAGCAAAGCGACUGCUGAAAAUGACGCCUUGCAAAUGGAGUCCUGAGUCAGAACAUUCAGCGGCUACAGUGGAUU